AUGGCACAAGGCUCGGCCAUCACUCAGAUUGCGCCUGCGCAGCAAACCCCAGCUGCCCACUCUGGGCCCGCCCCCCGCAGCCAAGCCGUCAUUCAAGAUGGCGCCUGCGCAGUAAGCUUCGGCAGCCACCUCUGGGCCCGCCCCCGGCUGCUCCGCUGUCAUUCAAGAUGGCGCCUGUGCAGACCUCUGUCACUCAAACGGCUGCGCUGUAAGUCUCGGCGGCCACCUGUCGACACAGGAGGCGGAACUCCGCAGCCCCUCCCCUUGGGCUCAGCCCCUGCAGCCAAACCCACGUGCACUCAAGAUGGCGCCUGCGCAGUAAGCCUCAGCUGCCACCUGUCGGCCAACAGCGCCAGACUGGGCUGUCCUUCAACAUGGCGCCUGCGCAUAAGUCUCGGCUGCCACCUGUCGGCCAACAAACAGUACUACACUCCGCUGUCCUUCAAGAUGGCGCCUGCGCAGAGAGUCUCGGCUGCCACCUAUCGGCUAAUAGCGCUAGAGUGGGCCGAGCACUACAGCUCCUCCCUCUCCCUGCUGUCCUUCAAGAUGGCAAGAUGGCGCGGCAGCCCCCCGGCUCCGCGGCCACCUGAAAGGGGCAGCCGGUCCCUGAAACCCCGGCCAGACACGCAAGAUGGCGUCCGCGGCAAGCGCGGCAACCCGAGCACCGGACCGGUUGAGAACCCCACCAGGCGUGUGAAGAACGAGAAAGUGGGAGACGACACUUUUGCGUCCAGGACACGCGAGAGACGCGGGGCUAGUCCCUCCGUAAGCCAGGCUCUCUCGGGCGCCGGGCGGUACAGGCCGAACCGCGCCAGAAACCCGGGCAGCGAGGGAGGAGGCUGGCACCUCACGGGAGCGCACUGGCGCUGGCGGACCCGCUGUGGAGAGUCACGCGCGGACUGCACGCCGGGCCAGGCGGACCCCGCCGCAGCCCGCACAGACCCCGACACGGAUCCCCACACAGACCCCGCCGCGGCCCGCACGGAUCCCCGCAGCAUCCCACACAGAUCCCACAGCCACCCCGUCAGUACCCGCACAGAUCCCCGCGGCCACCCCGUUAGCACCCGCACAGAUCUCGACACGGAUCCCCACAGCCGCCCCACACAGAUCCCCGCGGCGCUCCGCACAGACCCCGCAAUCUGUCCGGUAGCACCCCGCACAGACCCUGCGGCGCCCUCAUACAGAUCCCAGCAGCGCCCGCACGCAGCCCCCCCCCCCCACGCCCGGGGCACGGACCCCGCAGCGCCCCGAAGACUUCCGCAAGCCGCCCCACACGUGGCCCUGCACAGACCCCUCGCAGUGCCGCGCACGUGGCCCGGCUCAGACCCCGCGGACCCCCCACAGUGCCGGUGGGCACACGGCGGACCACAGAGGACACCGGGGAACCGUGGCCCGGGACAGCAGCGAGGCGCGGCUGUCCCCGGGGCUAGGGACAAAUUGCUCACGUUUGUAGGAAUGAGCUGGCUCUCCCCUCAAGAUGGUGAAGAUGCUACCAACAGCUCCAAGCGUGGGUGCCGCUUGCCAUUGCAGCAGUGGAGACGGAGUGCCUCUCUCCCAGUAAUUCUACCGAAGUUCCGGGCCCAUCCAUUUCAUUGAGUCCUCCAACAACACCUAUGUGAGAGCGACUGUUUUUAUCCCCAAUCCACACAUUUAGACGCCACUCUUCACAAAAUCGCACGGGAAGCCAACCAGGACACGGAAGAGCCAAAAUGCACACCCCCACGUCUAGUGGCUGCCGCGUGUUAUCACACCACCUUCAGAGAGGGACUGUUCCUUCUCUUUUACCCAGGAGGGGACCAAAGCACAGAGAGGUUGAGUAAGCAUCUCCAGGAGGCACAGCGAGUAGGGCGUCACACCCGGCUCUCCCUUCAAAACAUGGACAUCAGCCACCGUGUUUUUCCUCUAUUUCUGUCCAUAGCACCUGGUUAUGUCCUCAGGUAUC